AUGAAAAACGAACCACCAAAGUCGCGGCGUCGUAGCCGUCACUCCAAUCCCUCUCAUUCAGCAAUCCUCCCCGACGACCUUAUCUUUGAAAUCCUAUCCUGGCUUACGGUGAAACCAUUGAUGAAGUUGAAGUGUAAAGGUGAUUACAGUUUCAUACCUUUUUCUGUUGGUGAUUUACUUGAAAACCCUUCGUUCACCCCUCCUGAGGAUCCUUACUAUCUACUGAUCGACAAGGACUGUCGUCAUGUUGUUGGUUCCUGCAAUGGAUUGGUCUGCUUGCUCGGUUAUUCUCCCGCUGAGAUGUGGUUCCGUUUCUGGAAUCCCGCCACCAGAAAAAUAUCUGAUAAAUUAGGGUUUUUUCGUGAUGAUACGUAUGGAUUGAAAUAUUGGACGUUUACAAUGGGUUAUGAUAAUUCAAGUGACGUGUAUAAGGUUGUGGCCUUACAAUAUUGUAGUCACUUGACAACGAGGGUGCGAGUUCUUACUUUCGGAAAUAAUAUUUGGCGAAAUAUUCAAUGUUUUCCUGCAAGGGUUCUUCACUUCUCUUAUGAUAACAGGGAGUUCGGUGGUGUACAUUUAAAUUGCACUGUUAAUUGGUUGGCUGUUAUUACUGACGACGGUAAUCAUGGAAAAUAUGUGAUUAUUUCGCUUGAUCUAGCUACAGAGACACACACACAAUUGCGGCCUCCUCCAAGUACUCCGAAUAGGUCUGUACAAGAUGUACAGCCUGGUGUUUGUUUCUUGAUGGAUUCCCGAAAACCAAUUUUGUUAUAUGGAAAAUGA